AUGGUAGGUGCUAUGGAGAAAAAUCUACAGCAGGAGCACAACCAAGUCCUAAAUGCUCCAACCACCCUGCCCGGACCGUCUCCAGGACCACCACACCAAGCCCUAACUGCCUUUUCCACACCCAGCGGGGAGGUCCAGCUCCCGACUCCCUGGCUACGUGCACUUGCAUUCUCCCCACCCUGCUAUCAGCAGCUGCGGGCAGGGCCCUGUUUUGAGGCUGAAGACCGCCGGGAGCUUACAGAGCAGCUGGCCCCCAACACCAGUCACGGUGCACGAGAGCUCUGCUGGACACAGCUUCAUCUGGUCCUUCCAGCAGCCCCAGGAAGCAGGUGCCAGUCAACGUCCCCGUUCUCCAGACGAUCACCGAGGCUCAGAAGGGCUCGGUCGCUGGCCCGGAUCCCACAGGUAGCGAAGGAGCAUCACACCCGCACUCCAAGCCUGGCGCGUCUGGAAGCCGCCUUAACCACCCAUGUCCGCUGCCUCCCGAGUACACACGCCCGUCAUCACCGCGGGGCUCGACUCGGAUCCGGGAAGAAGGUCGCCGGGCCAGCCCCGAGGCCCCUGCCGACGUCGCGACAACCCUGCCCCGCCGCCCAAGCCGAGACCAGGCAGGGUUCUGGGGCGCGGGGGGGGGGGGGGGAUGCGCGGCGGGGUGAACGGGCUCGUUGUGACCCAGGCAUAACCAGCCCUCCCCGCCACCCCGCCACCCCACCGCCCGGCCUUACCCCGAGCACCGGGAAGCCCGGCCCGCCCGCCCCGGGUCCCGCGGGGGACUCCGGGGACUGGGCUGCCCGCCCCCGCCCCCACCCCCCCGGAACCCGGAGCGCGGCCUGGGCGUUCCGAGCCCCGCGCCACUGA